AAACGGCGCGUCCUAACUAAACGCUGGCACAUGUAACAGGGCACAAGCCCCUGCUUAUAUUACCCUAAUCUCGGUGCGAAUUCCCUCCCCUGCUCCCCAUCGGCUGGUUCUGCAGGGUUGACAGACCACCCGACCCUGCCUCAGUUUACCUGUCCAUUCAUCCAAUUCUAACAACACUUGCCCCUUAUCGAUUUAUUUAAAACACAGAUUCCUGGCUCUUUGGCUACCCUUCCCCCUAGAUUAACUUUUAAAACACAGGAAUCAGUCUGCAUUCCAAGAUUAGUUCGCAGAGGCUUUGUUUUACAUUAAGGAUUCAUAGUCUGAUGCGUCUCAGUCCUUUCCUCGCGCUGGGGCCAGGCGCCGGGUCGCCAGUUUUACCGAAACAACAUUCCCCCUUCGGCGGCUCCGCACACCGCUGCGGCCAGACACGAGGAGAGGAACCACCGCACUCUUGCAGAAAGACGGGCUGGGAACCCUGGAGGUGCCGCCAGGCCCGGCCGAGCCCCCGCCGCGCCCCCGGCCGGGCGCAGGGCACGCCGGGAGCCACCGGGAGCCGCCCGCGUCGGGCUGGGGCUGUGGGGCCGGGCUCCGGCUGCCGCUCGAACUCCCCCGCGGCGCCGGCGACGGCUCGGCCCCACCUGAGGGGCCUCCGCCUGCAAACCCCACCCCCGGCCGCUCCCCCGCCGGCGAGGCCCGGCCCAUGGCUCGGCGCUCGGCGGGCUGCGCGGCAGUUCGGAGCGGCCGCUUCUUGCCCGCGCCACACGGGCCCGCCGGCAGCGGCGGCAGCUCGGCCGCGCCAUGCGCGACUACGAGGACGUGACCGCCUUCCUGGGCGAGUGGGGCCGCUUCCAGCGGGUCAUCUUCUUCCUCCUCAGCGCCAGCAUCGUCCCCAACGGCUUUACCGGUCUCUCCAUCGUCUUCCUGGCCGGCACCCCCGAGCACCGCUGCGCCGUGCCCCGCGGGGCCAACCUGAGCGCCGAGUGGCUGAACAACAGCGUCCCGCUGGAGCCGCGGGGCGGGCAGGCGGCCCCGAGCCGCUGCCGCCGCUACAGCCUGGCCGCGCUCGCCAACUUCUCGGCGCUGGGGCUGCGGCCCGGCUUGGACGUGGAGCUGGGGACGCUGGAGCAGGAGCCGUGCCGGGACGGCUGGGAGUACAGCCGCGCCGUGUACCGCUCCACCAUCGUCACCGAGUGGAAUCUGGUGUGUGACAACGACUGGAAGGCCCCGCUGAGCACCUCCCUGUUCUUUGUGGGUGUCCUGCUCGGAUCCUUCGUAUCGGGACAGCUCUCAGACAAGUUUGGCAGGAAGAAUGUGCUGUUUGCAACUCUGGCAAUGCAGACGGGCUUCAGCUUCAUACAGGUCUUCUCUACCAGCUGGGAGAUGUUUUCAGUGCUCUUCGUGCUGGUCGGCAUGGGACAGAUCUCUAACUACGUGGCAGCGUUUGUUCUUGGCACAGAAAUUCUUGGCAAAUCCAUUCGUUUGCUGUUCUGCACGCUGGGCGUUUGCAUCUUUUAUGCCUUCGGCUACAUGUUGCUGCCACUGUUCGCUUACUUCAUCAGGGCCUGGCGGAUGCUGCUGCUGGCGCUUACCUUACCUGGCCUGCUCUGCAUCCCGCUCUGGUGGGUCAUCCCGGAGUCCCCGCGGUGGCUGAUCUCCCAGGGGAGGUUCCAGGAGGCAGAAGACAUCAUCCGAAAGGCUGCGAAAAUGAAUGGUGUUGCAGCCCCGGAUGUGAUACUCGACCCUAGUGAGCUGCAAGAUUUGAAUUCGCAGAGGCAGCAGACAUACACCAUUUUGGAUCUGAUGAGAACCCGAAAUAUCCUAACUAUCACAAUUAUGUCAAUUCUUCUCUGGAUGAUAAUCUCUGUUGGUUAUUUUGGACUGUCUCUUGACACACCCAACUUGCAUGGAGACGUCUACAUGAACUGCUUCCUCUCGGCGGUGAUUGAAGUUCCAGCCUACGUUAUUUCCUGGCUGCUGCUCCGAAAUCUCCCUCGACGGUAUUCAAUGGCUGCUGCGUUAUUCUUGGGAGGCUGUGUUCUUCUCUUCAUUCAGCUGGUGCCUUCACAUAUUCGUGCACUAUCUAUUCUACUGGUGAUGCUGGGGAAAUUUGGGAUCACAUCUGCCUUUGCCAUGGUUUACGUUUACACGGCUGAGCUCUACCCAACAGUCGUGAGAAACAUGGGAGUUGGAGCAAGUUCCAUGGCCUCUCGGCUGGGCAGCAUCCUCUCGCCUUACUUCGUUUACCUCGGUGCCUAUGAUCGAUUCCUGCCUUACAUCCUGAUGGGGAGCCUGACUGUGCUCUCAGGAAUUCUGACUUUAUUUCUGCCAGAAAGCUACGGAAUGCCUCUUCCAGACACCAUUGAGCAAAUGCUGCUGGUGAAAGGGUUAGAGUACAGGCCUGCGUCUAGUAGCAAAAGGGAUUCCAAGGAGGAAGAGGAAAAUCCGGAGAUUUUAAAAAGCACGGCUUUUUGACGGAACUCCUGUGCACUUCCUGGUGGACUGAAAGUUCAAUGGACUUUUAUUCUAAAAUUCUUUCUAGAAAGGGCUAGUGGCAACACUUUAUUUCCUGUAAUUUUAACCUUAUUUAUUAAUUUAAACACUGUGUUCCAUACAUUCUCUUUUUAUAUGACCAUAAAUACUGUUUAGCCUUUGAGAUUCUUCAGCCACAGUUGUUUUAAUGCAGUAGCACCAUGGAACAGUAUGUGAUCAAUCCUUUGUGACUUUGAGUGUCCAGUUCAGCUGAAAGAUACUUGAAAAUGAGUUCAAGGGCCGUCAGGAUGCCUGGGUUCCUCAGCAAACCUCUGAGCUGAUGCACAUCAUGAAGUUAAACGCUUCCAGAAAAAGCUGCUAAUUGGUUUUGAUUCCUUGAAUUCUGUCUCUGAACAGAAACUUAUUUAUUAUAGUGAAGGUUUUGGGAACGCGCCUCUCUGUGGCCUUGCUCAAAUGACUUUGCAUGGGCUGAAUUCGGUACAAAAUUCAGAAGGAUGCAAAGAAAGAUUUUGAGAAUUAGUUCUAACUUAAUGUGUUUUAACCCAACAUAGAUUGAAAGGGUUGUCUUGCACAAAGCGUUUAUAGCACAGAAGUUUUGCUCACAAGAUUCACUCGAUUCCAAUUUUCAACUGUAUCUGUAGGGUGAAUUUGUUUCUGUCUGACCCUGGAUGUGGCCAUUUCCGGGCCAUAUUUAUUUUGAAUUGUGCAAAAGGUUUCAUCUCUGUGUGGAGGGGGCGGUGUUGCUUUGGGGUUCUUCCCUUUUGAUGCGUGGUGGAAGUUUUACGUCUAAAUUGUUUUCAUGUCUUCUGUGCAAUUUGGAUGAUGGAAACAAUUUUCCUGUCUCUGUUCAGUGCUUUUCACACACGUGCACAUACGCACGCAUACAAUUAAUAGAUUUAGAGAGAAAUGUUCUGUGUUGAUCUACGCCACUGCUUUGACCUCAUGGUGGAAUGUACUGGGAACAAAAUUCAGAAUAUAGUUCUCGGUUCAAGUGCCAACUGUAUGACUGCUGUGAGGUCUGUUAUUUCACUUCACUCAUGUAAUCAGUGAAUAGUUAAAAAAAACAUUGUUGACAAUCUGCCAAGAAAUUGUUCCUUGGGUCGUGGAAGCACCCUUGGCAUUACCUGUGUUUCUUUAAAUACAUCUUAUGUAUAUGUACACACAGUCUCGUUUGUGCUGUUCUGAUUCCGCUUUGACAGAGGUGAGAUUUCUGUCUUGUGGCACUUGUUUGUCUUUUGUUCUGUCUUGUAGAGACUUAAUAAACAGAACCUGGACCUUUGUAGCCGGAGCUGUCAGGGCCUCGCUGCUGCGGCAGCUGCCCGGGGCGCUUUGUGCUUUCCUUCUCUAUGUAGCCGGUGGCACCGGCUGAUUCCAGCCUGUCCUUAACCAAUACCCCCUAUUCUGUCAGUGGCUCCAGCCCACAGCAUUUUGGUUUGGUUAAACUCUUCCUACCAGUGCCUUGAACUUGAGGCUUUGCUCUGUUUUCCCUGCGCUUCCUCACCUGCUUGUUUAAUGUUGUAAUGUCUGGCAGGAGGUUGGCCAGUGUCACCGGUCAGAGGACGAUACGGAGAAUCAGAGUUCUGUUGUACCACUGGUUCUUCUGAGGAGAGAAAUGCGAGCGUUUGGGCAGCUCUGGUGUCACUCCGGUUUAACAGACUCGCAGGGUCACAGUAGGUGGGUUCAAAGUGCAGUGUGGGAUUUGAAGCUGAUCCAAAAACGGAGACUCUGGGUUUUACGAGCCUCGCUGCACAUCGUAUAACAGCCUUGACGUAAGCGAAUACAUGUCGGGAGAGAGCGUGUAGCAACCGGCCUGUCUUGCCCAAAAAGACAUGAUACAAUUUGUCAGGCUUAUCACCUUUCUGAAAUAUUCAUUGCAAACUAAAGCUUGGUACAGAUAUUUUUCUUUGUUAGGCUUAUUUCUAGGAACUGGAAUGUUUAGAAGCAGAAUCUUUUGUGUGCGUUGGAGAAAAAUUAUCUGAUAACCACAGGAAUCUGAGGCAAAACACAUUGGGCUGCAACUUCCUUGUAAUGAAUUUGCCAAUGUAAACAACUCCGUCCCAUGAGUCUCUUCCUGAGAACUGCUUCAGAAAAUAACCUGAAAUGCAGAAUACAUGCUCGCCUGAUACAGGAGCUGCCGUGGAAAUUCCUGUCCUAAAGCGCAGGGUCCAUUUCACAUCUGACUUAGCUGUAAUUUCUUACCCACUGUUUUAUCCAGGUGUGUGCCGUAGCAGUGAAACUUUUGUUCUUGAGUGUUUUAGUGUUCUGAUGUUUACUAAAGGUUGUGGGGAGGAUUUUCUGUUGGUUGUUUUUUUAAUCCUGACCAGUUGGGGAAUUUCCUGGUUGUGACUGAUGCUACAAAACACAAUGGCAAUCUCUCUGUCAAAAAAUACACUUUUUUUUUUCCUUGCUUAUCUUUGUAAAAACAAGUAUGAGUCAGAAAUAUAGUAUAUUUAAUAUAGCA